CCUCUUCCGUCGUGCUAGCUUGCUUUUGCUCGUGUAUUCCUCUCUCGCCCUCGCGGGGGGCUAUUUAUCUCUCCACUCGGGCCAAGCUUCAGGCGCUGCCGCCGCCGCCCGCCGGGGCUGUUUAUCCGAAUCGAGUGGAUCUAACGUCGGAUUGCGCUGGUUAGAUUGCGGCGCGGCGGCUGCGUGGUCCAGGUGGGGGACACGGCAAAGCUCGAGCCUUUGCGGCCAGGUGUUAAACCGGGCUAUACUGAAAAAGGGCGCCUGCACAGUCUGGUGUCAUCAUGUCAUCCCAGGUAUCCACAUCACAGGGUUUGAACCCCCACGUGACGCUCGGGUCAUUCCAGACGCCACCGUCACAAGCUGGCGCGGGCGGCUACGAAGUCGAGGAGGAGGAUGUUGAGCUGCUGUCAGUCAGUUGGAACCAGGAUCGUAGUUGCUUCAGUGCUGCCACAACCGAUGGCUUCAGGAUCUUCAGUUGCAAACCAUUCAAAGAGACCUUAAGGAGGGUUCAGGGGAACGGAGGGUUUCGAAUCAUGGAGAUGCUGUUCCGUUCCAACGUAUUUGGUGUUGUGGGUGAGGGAUCCGACAAGCUGUAUCCACAGAACAAACUGACGAUCUAUGAUGAUCACAAGAGCGAUCUCAUUGGCGAAUUCUCGUUCAGGUCCGACAUCCGAGCCGUCAAAUUGUCGAGGAAAUACUUUGUGGUCGUUCUCGAGCACGAGAUAUCUGUUUACAGUUUUGCGGAUCAUAAGCUCAUCCAUCAGAUUGAGACCACGUCGAACCCGAAUGGACUGUGCUGCCUUUCGUGCCAUACAGAGAAUUCAGUGAUGGCCUGCCCUGGAAUGAGCCAAGGGCUUGUUCGGGUUGAUCAUUUUGGGUCAAAGGCUACAAAGCUUAUUACAGCUCAUCACUCAAACAUUUCAUGCAUGGCAAUGACCGUGGAUGGACUCCUCUUGGCAACAGCCAGUGUUAAGGGCACUUUGAUCAGAAUAUUCAACACGGUCGAUGGUACUUGUUUGCAGGAGGUGCGCAGAGGGGUAGAUAAAGCUGAGAUAUAUAGCAUUGCACUAUCAUCAAACCUGCAGUGGUUGGCAGUCUCUAGUGACAAAGGAACAAUGCAUAUUUUCAGCUUGAGAGUGGGAGCUGGAGGGGAAGAUGCAAGUAAUGGGAAAUCUGCAAUUGGCAGUCGACAAAUAGAUCGCAGUAACUCAUCUGGUUCUGUUGAUCCAGUUUUACUAGCAAACACUGGAUCCAACGUGAGCUCAUCCUUGUCUUUCAUGAAAGGGAUUUUGCCGAAAUAUUUCAGUUCAGAAUGGUCAUUUGCUCAGUUCCGUUUACCAGAAGUCACACGCUAUAUUACAGCAUUUGGAGAUCAAGCCACUGUGAUGAUGAUCGGUCUGGAUGGCAGUUUCUACAGAUGCAGCUUUGACCCCGUAAACGGUGGGGAGAUGGUGCUUGAUGAAUACUUCCGGUUUCUGAAACCCCGCAAGUCCCGUUCGAGGACUCCGAGCAACUGAGCUUAAUGGAGAUCAUGUCAUUCUCUGACUACAUGUACAUAUAAGAUUUCACCAAGCCUAACAUGUAUAUAAAGUCGUGCUCUCUUUUGCUGCAUUCCACAUCGCAACAGGUUAAGGAUGCGUCAGUCAGUAUUCAGCGACAUGUCGUUCCUUCCAAAUUAGUUCCAGGCGUUCCACAGAUUGUGGUUUGUUUUAUUGUGAAAUCUUUCGAGAAUGACCAAACCGUUCGGUUUUGGGAACCAACAAUCCAUUUAGUACUGCAUGUUAGCCGAGCAAGGGUGGGAUCUGGACUUGCCAAUGCAUUCAACUUUGUAUGCACUUCAAAUGAAUUGAAUGGUCAGACAUUUGAUUCAUUACAGAUUUGUAAUCUGUUAUUUUCUGAACCUCAGCAUUUGCUUCACUAGUGUGGAGACCCAAUGUUAGUUCUGGUGGUAUUCCCUGAUA